CACGUGAAGGAGAGGGCGUAAAUUCUUUGAUAGAGCCUGGCAAUGAAUUUUCCUAAAGGGAUUCUUCUUUCCUUCAUGAAUUUUGGGAUACUUACAGUAUAAACCAUUAUAUAAAGAGGAAUGGGAUCGAGCACUAAACAGUUAAUUGUAUCACAUGAUAGCUCACAUGGUGUUAAAGGAUCAUGCGUGUGAAUGAGAAUACUGUGCUAAGAGGUCAGCAAGUGCUGUUGGUACCAUAUGAAAGUCACCAUGUCCCCAGGUACCACGAAUGGAUGAAGUCGGAGGAGCUACAGAAGCUGACUGCAUCAGAACCUCUGACGUUAGAGCAGGAAUAUGGCAUGCAGCUGAGCUGGAUAGAGGAUGUUCAUAAAUGCACUUUCAUUAUUCUUGAUGCGGUACUAUGGGACCAAGGCUGUCCUGAGCACCAGAGCAUGAUGGGAGAUGUAAAUCUUUUCCUUACAGAGCCUGGCAAUCCAGCAUUAGCAGAGAUUGAAGUUAUGAUUGCAGAGCCCAGUUUCCGUGGCAGAGGACUUGGUGAAGAAUCUGUGCGGCUGAUCUUAUCUUACGGUAUCACUGUUUUGGGGAUUACCAUUUUUGAAGCUAAAAUUGGACAAGAAAAUCUGGCAAGCAUUCGGUUUUUCAAGAAAUUGCACUUCCAGGAGGCCUCAGUGAGUGAGGUAUUCCAGGAAGUGACACUGCGUUGGGAGGUGACAGAGCAAGAGAAACACUGGAUAAUUCUAUAACACUACUCCCUUCCAAAUGGCAACAUACAGUGAGACCAAACUGUGUAUUACUGAGGCAAAGAGCUGAGCAUCUUGUGGAAAAGGAAGUCAAUCAUCUCAUAAUCCUGUGGCUCCAAGACCGGACGGUAACUAUCCGCUCGAAGCUUCCGAUGUCCACUCAGCACCGCUGCACACAAGAUCCCCUUGCAUGCAGCAAGCAGACAAAUUGCCAUCCCAGCACAGAAGCCCAGAGCAGGAGAAUUCUGCAGGACCGGCCGGAGAACAGAUCCUUUUCCCAGCACAGAUCUUAGAAGCGUGUUGGUGGGAAUAUGAAGAGAUGGACAUAUAACACAGGAGACCUAAGGAACAGGAGCCACAGUGAUAUCAAACAAUUCCACUAAAACCCAAUUGAUUACCACAUCUCACUUUUUUUGAACUUACCACGUAUAUACUGUGUGUGAGAGCAAGAAUGAUGGUAGCUGUGACGAGGCUGGAUCCCAAAAGUUCCCACUUUACAUUCUGAAAAGUCUUGCCAAAUAUCGCCCACCGACGCACAAAACGCAAUUGUCGGGUAAGCUGCAAACAGAGCCAAAGAGUAAGAUUUCAGAUCUGCUCACUUUUCCCUCUAAAGGAACUAUUUCAUUUUUUAUUAUUUUCUUUUAUUGCGUUUAACAAGAAAAAACAUAACAUUAAAUAAAAUACAUAAAAGAAAAAUAGGUGGGUACAAUUAAUUCAGUGCCUUUGUCUGUUGAUUACAGUCUUUGUACAUAUGCAGUCCAUUACAUGGUUACAGCAACAAUGUACAUCAUUAAAACACCACAGUUCUCAA